CACAUAACAGGAGCUAACCUCUCUCACCUCAUUUCCUAUUUCCUAAUGCGAACACAUCUUUUCUUUUUAGUCGGCAACUGUUUUAUAAAUUUGCUCCCUCCUUUUUAUCAUUUUCUCAUGUUUUAUAAUAUCACAUGCUCAAAUUAAAUAAACCCAUUUUUAUUUCCAUUUUCAUUUUGAAUUCUUCUUUCCAAUUUAUUUUUAGUAAAUAUAAAAUAUAAAUAUAAAUAUAAAUAAAUAUCAAAAGCUUCUGAUAAAACAGGGCUAGGUUCAGAGUAACAACCCUGUUCUUCUUGCGGCACCACCAAUAAGUUUGUGUGCACUAUCAUAUAUAAUCCCACCCUCUUCUCUAGAUAAAUUCUUCUAAAAAUUAAAUCACACACAAAAAUAAAUUAAAUAGAAAUUAUAGAAAAGCUAUUUUUUACUUAAUUUGGAUAGUUUCUUUAUCGAGAACUAUUUUUUUUUUUUUUUUUUUUUUAUAAAAUAGAGAGGAAAAAAAAGAAAAAGGAAACGUGUUUGUUAGUCAUACAUGUGUGUACCAAAGGUGGCGAACCAGAGGGAGUACGAGGGCUUUACAUCAAGCGGUGGUCGAGGAACCAACGGUGGAGAUGGGGAGAGAGAUAGCGCUGUAGGCAGUGGAGAAGAAGUACCCGCGUUUCGACCUAAUUGGGAGACUUCUGCUAUGGUUAUGGCUUUGACUGAUGUAGUAUCCGGCCGAGGCGGAUAUGAUACCGAAGGAGGUGGAGGUGGUGGUGGUGGUGGUGGUGGAUGGAAUGAGCCGUAUUACGGAUUCACAACAACGUCGCUUGUGGGACAGAAGAGAGAGAGGGAAGAGAGUGGAAUCGGUGACGGGGGCGGUGGUGAAUUAGGGGAUAUAACGAUGAUGUAUGGUGGUUUUGGUGGAGGUGAGGCAAAAGGAUCACCAAGUGGUGGGGGUGGUGGUGGUGGUGAAGGAGAGUCGUCAUCUAGUGCAAGUGGUGUGAAAGAUGAAAUGCACACACCAAGUCCCCUACAACAAAUACAUUCCCAUUCUCAUCCCAGCUCCACAGUCAGCACCUCUUCCACACCCAGGUCAGUCAACCAACCACCUCCAAUAACUACCGGUACCACCACCUCAGCCUUGGAAGAAACCCAAGUUGGAGAGAGGAAAAGGCGAUACAGGGGAGUCCGACAGAGACCUUGGGGAAAAUGGGCAGCUGAAAUACGCGACCCACACAAGGCCGCUCGGGUUUGGCUCGGCACAUUCGAAACCGCUGAGGCUGCCGCUCGCGCUUACGACGAGGCCGCCCUCCGCUUCCGUGGCAACCGCGCCAAGCUAAACUUCCCAGAAUUCGUCCAAUCAGUUCCUCCACCCGCUCGUCCUUCACUGACAACCACCGCCAACAUCUCACCAGCCCCGGCACCGGAAUCUGUGUUUCCGCCGAGCAGGCUAUCUCAAACAAUCAAUUUCCAACCACAGCAGCAACAACAGCAUACUACUUCUGACAUUGCAAGAGACUAUUGGGAGUACUCUCAGCUGUUACAGAGUUCAGGGGAUUUCAAUUUUCCUGGGUUAGAGCAUAUACUCUACCCUUCAAUUUCUGGGCAGUUGAUGGGUCCUCCAUCCCUCUCUUUCUCCUCACCGCCAUUAUCAUCAUCGUCAUCAUCGUCUGUAACUCCAUCUAACAUGCAGUUACCCCCAAAUUUCCCCGGUGAUCAAACAACUUUCCGGCCACCGUCACAAGGUGGUAGCAGUAGCGGUUCGAAUGCUCCGGGAGGUUAUUGGUCUCAAUAUGGUAGUCCUUACCACCCACCAUCCUCCUCCAGCUAGAAUUUGAAUUCUUUAUUUUCAUAUCAUUCAUAAAUUUUUGUUUUUAGGAGGCCAACACAAUCUUUUCAUUACUUGGUUCGUAUCACAUCAUAAAUCUUUCAAAAUCACCACGUCAUUUAUAUAACUUUGUGGUAGAUGAUGUAGGUGCAUAAAUAGGAUGUGGUGGUGAUUUUGAUUUUUAAUUUUGAUGUUCUUUAAUAGUUUAAUCUGAUACAUGAAUACAUCA